CACUCGGGAUACUCUGGGUAAUCCUCCUCCAUCCCCGAGAUUCUCAAGUAUUAUUUUUCGAGCGGAGAAGCAGGCCAUUAGAGGCUAGGCUGGCUUGUCACCCGGGUGUUGGGCUCCUUCGCGGACGACUGAAGUUACCUGGCCGCUGUUUCUCGUCGUCCUGCGUAUGCUUGUUGCUAGGAUGCGAGGCUGUGCCGGCUAAGUAAAGGGACUAAGAAAGUAAUUUCAUGUUGCCUAAUGUAGUGUGAAUGAGAGGUAUUCUACUACACAUCUGCCACAAUCCUUUUGUUUGCCAGUUGCAAAGACAAGAACAGAAAGAUGGGAAACAGUGCCUUAAAAGCACAUUUGGACACUGCCCAAAAAACAGGAGUAUUUCAAUUAACUGGAAAAGGCCUUUCUGAGUUUCCUGAAGAUCUACAGAAGUUGGCAAGUAAUCUCAGAACAAUAGAUUUGUCCAACAAUAAGCUUGAAUCACUCCCACCUUUUAUAGGAAAGUUCUCUGUAUUGAAAAGUCUUGCUUUAAAUCACAACAGACUGACUGUAUUACCUGAGGAUCUCUGCAAGCUGAAAAAGCUGGAAAUUCUACAUCUGAACAAUAACCAAUUGACACGUUUACCUAGCAGUUUUGGACAACUUGCAGCACUAAAGACUCUGAGCCUUUCCGGAAACAAGCUUCAAACUAUACCUAUUCAGCUAUGCAGUCUUCAUCAUAUAGAUGUGGUAGAUCUUUCCAGAAAUCAGAUCCAGAGUAUCCCAGACACAAUAGGAGAGCUGCAGGCCAUUGAACUGAACUUAAAUCAGAAUCAGAUUUCCCAGAUCUCCUCCCAGAUCUCUUGUUGUCCACGCCUAAAAGUUCUGCGCCUUGAAGAGAACUGUCUAGAACUAAGUGUACUUCCUCAGAGUAUUCUUGGUGAUUCUCAGAUCUCUCUACUUGCUGCAGAGGGCAAUCUUUUUGAGAUCAAGAAACUCCGAGAAUUGGAUGGCUAUGACAAGUAUAUGGAGAGAUUCACUGCUACAAAGAAAAAGUUUUCCUGAACUACUGUGCCAGUUUUAUCUUGUGAAUGAAGACAAGAAAUGUGACUGAUGCGUGGAUCCAAAAUGCAACAAGCCUGUUGGGAGAAUGACAUUCAAGCCUUUAUAUAAAUGUCCUCUUGGUUUCAAAAUGCCUUGAUGUUUUAGAUCUCACAAAAUGAAUCCAAGAAUUGGUAACCUUGGAUAUAAUGCUUAACAUCCACUUGUAAAGUCUCCAUUUACAAAGAUUAAGAAGAAAAUUACAAAAUGACCUGAACUGAAGAGGUUUUAUGACAGUUCCUGACAACUUCAUACAUAGGAGGCAGGGCAGAUGGAGAUAAUGGGCUACGUGUGUAGGAUCAUCUGCCAGGAGGCUCACUAAUUCAAUAUAGAUUAACUCCGCAAUGCAAAUCCAUCCAUCUUUUGGCUUUAAAUAUUUUACAGUGUAUGUAGGGCUGGCCAUUUGAAAAAUUACGUACAAUAGAAGCACAAAUUAUGGAUGAGCAGAUAGUGGCUUAAUAUACAUAAUAAAAAACAGUUGUCCUAGAUUUACAUCAGUCAUUCUCUAGAUGGUUUGUCUUCCACUUGCUAGUCAAAUAGUUCACCUUAGUGUGCUAAACUGAUGGCUUGCAUAACAGGACACUGUUUGCAUUUGAAUCUUCAUGGAAGUAACAAACUCCAAUGUUGGGGUGGGGGAGGGUUUGAUCACUGUAUUGAUGCCUUAUGCAAAGCACCCAUGGAUAUUUAAAAUAUGCAACCUUGGAAUAAUUUACAUGCUUUUUACAAAAACCAUACCUCCACAACUUUCUUAAACUUUUUUGGCACCUUUUGACAAAAUAAGCUGAAAUAUAUUCUUAUGUAAUUGGAAUGGCAAACAUAUGCAGCUGAAGCUUUCUGUAAAAUGUACUGUUCAUGUAAAUGAAAUUUAAAUUAAAAUGAAAAGCAACUCUACAA